AUGGCUUUUCGUCGACGCGGCUGCUACGUCUGCGGACAGCUGGGACACCUAGCGGAGAACUGCUCGUUUAGCGAGCGCAGGUGCUUCAACUGCCUCGAGGCUGGCCACGAGAGCUCCGCCUGCGAGGCUCCCAGGACUGCCGACAGCAAGCAGUGCUACGGCUGCGGCGGCAAGGGCCACAUCAAGGCCGACUGCCCCACGCUGGCCGCUCAGGCCGCCCGCUCCCGCUCCAACGCCUGCUACACCUGCGGCGGCGUCGGCCACAUUUCCCGCAACUGCCCCACGGCCGCCGCCGCUGGUGGGAUCGUUGCGCCCGCCGCCCUCGCCGCCGUCGGUGGCCGCCCGCCCGUCAGGUGCCACCGCUGCAACGGCCUCAACCACUUUGCGCGCGACUGCAAGGCUCCCCUCGGCGCUGCCAUCGGCGGCCACGUCAUCGCCCCCGCCGUCGUCGCCAGGAAGCCAAAGACUUGCUACAACUGCAGCAAGGUCGGACACAUCGCCCGCGACUGCCCCGAGGCCCAGACGGUCGCCGCUGCGCCUCCCACCGCCGGCGCCCCCAUCACCGCCUAA